AUGACGAAAGUCGCACAGAAUCAAAGCUUCAACACGAACAAGAUAGAUCCAAUUCCCUUCCCAUUCCUUCCGUUGCCAAGCGAAUUGUGCUUGGUGAUUCUGUCUGUAACGUGGCAGGCACGGCUGACCAUACAGGCAGCAUGGCAGACCUCAAAGGGGAGAAGGACUUGUUCAGUAAGACUCCAGAGCUUGUCAGCGAGGGUACAAGCGAACUCCGUCACCGUCACAGAGGGGAGCUGCCGUCUGAAGCCGCACCCAGGCCCCCUAGACAUGGAUUAGAGCAGUACUUGUCCAGAUUCGAUGAAGCUCUGAAGUUGAGGAACCAGCUGAUGACGGAGAAGCCAAGCCAAGAGAAUGGGAAUGCGAUGGAGGAGUUUGACUCUUUCCGCAUUUUUCGGUUGGUGGGGUGUGCUCUGCUUGCCAUAGCGGUCAGGGCCUUUGUGUGCAGAUACCUGUCCAUAUUUGCACCAUUUCUUACUCUACAACUUGCUUACAUGGGACUGUCCAAGUACUUUCCAAAGUGCGAGAAGAAGGUGAAAACGACGGUGUUGACUGCUGCCCUUCUGCUGUCUGGAAUCCCUGCAGAAGUGAUCAGUCGCUCCAUGGACACCUACAGCAAAAUGGGAGAUGUUUUCACAGACCUUUGUGUCUAUUUCUUUACUUUUAUCUUUUGCCAUGAACUCACUCUGUUUUUUGGUGCUGAAGUACCGUGAUGGCUGUAGAUGCGUAGUUACACUAAAGCUUUCUGGACUGUAUUCCUUUAACGUCUGACUGUGCAGACAGGUUUAAAACUUCAUUAAAAUUCUUGGAAUGCUUGAAA